CCACUUUUGCCAAGAAACAAACACGCAAUUUUCCCUCUUUCCCUCUUUCUUCCUCAAUCCACCAGCUGGAAAAAAUCUAAGCACCUCGCAUUUGAAAAUCAGGCAAGAGAGAGAAGAAAAUGACUUUGAGCUUUGAAGAAAUGAAUUUGCUAUAUUCACUGCUGAGAUCAGAGCAAAGACCAAUCGAUGAAAUCGUCACCGAAUUUAUGAACAAUAUCAAUCGCUCUCGCUCUUCCACUCUUUCUGCUUCUCUCUCACUACUCUUACAGGAGGAUAAGAUGAUGCUCAAGUCUACGGAAAGGUUAACUGCGUUUGCGAUUCUUUAUCUGACUUAUUCAUUGCAACAGUCUUCUGCAAAUCCGUUUGUAGCUUUGUUUAUCAAUGCUGCUUGUGAUGAGGGAGCAGAAAAAUACGAGAGGGCGUUUGUUCUUCAGUUGUUAGCCUCUGGAAGCUCUGGUGGUAGCAAAGAGUUUCUUAAACAGUCUGCUGCAAAUUACAUCAAAGUUUUUGAUCCUUCAGUCCAUGCUUUCCCAGCACGUGAACAUUUGCAGCAUCAAUAUGGUGAUAAAGUCCAUCCCAAAGCAGAUAAUUCCUUAUUUAAAAACAUUUCACUGAAAAAUAUAGUGCCAGAUCCAGAAGUACCCCAUGGUUGUGAUGCAAAUUCACAAGAGUUUGAUUUGCAACCUGGAGUGAAACCUAAACUUGGAUCUGGAGAUAGAGACGAGGCUCUAACUGGAUUGUUGGCAAACUUGUCGCCAGAGGGCAUAGGUCCUCAAUGGAUCAGGUCUCGACCACCGAGGCUGCCAAUACAGGAUGGUGAAUUAGUGUGGCUCAACCCUGAUAGCAAUCAUGAGCUUGUGUGGGAUCAUUGUAUGUGUGCUGAUACUAGCAGGGGAGCAGCAGUUAGGGGGUUGAUUGCAAAAGCCUUGAAGGGACCUCUUGCGCCUUCUCAACAAGAGCAAGUCUUGGUGGAAUUGACUAAUGACCCAAAGCUUGUAUAUCACUGUGGACUGGCACCAAGGAAGUUACCUGAAUUGGUAGAGAACAAUCCUCUCAUUGCGGUUGAAGUUCUUACCAAGUUGAUAAAUUCUCCUGAAAUUGCAGAUUACUUUACAGUACUUGUCAAUAUGGACAUGAGUCUACAUUCAAUGGAAGUCGUGAACAGGCUUACAACAGCAGUUGAACUUCCAAAGGAGUUCAUUCGGAUGUACAUAACUAACUGUAUUUCCUUGUGUGAAAAUAUCAAGUUAAGGAUCUUUUCAUUGAAGUCCAAGCAUUCUGCUUUGAGUUUUCACGAAUUAGAGAAGCAGCUGGUUUAUUUAGACUUCUCAAGACCUUGGAAUGAAUGGGCGUUUUUCAUGUUGUUGACGGUUUUUGGAAGAUUUGGCUGUUCCAGGGAAGGCAUUUUGAAGCCCCAUGGUUCUUUCAUAUAUGAUAAAGUUCUAUUCUUUCUUUACUGGACCUACGUGAUGACAAACUGGCUAAAUAGAGUGCUGGAUAACAUCAUCAAUGUAGCUGGAGCACCGUACCUGAAUGAGGUUGCAGCUACUGAUUUGGACGCAGGGCACCAAGGAGAUCGCUCGGUAUCAUUUGCAAGCCACAAAAAUUCACACUUCCGUCUCAAAAUAUUAACUGUAGGCCUGCCAAUGCACCAUGGCCGGUUUGGAUCCAAAGAAAGCUAUUGGAAACCAUUUUCAAGAAUAUGUAAUCAACACCCUUGUUCCAUCAAUCCACAUCAUCUCUCACUGUCCAAACCAUGCCACAUAAAAGUCAAGGGUCUAAGUUUACCAAAGCUACUGGGCACAACAGGGUUGCUGAGCCGAAGUAAAAAAUAUAGGCAUCUGGUUACCAUUAAUUUUUAUGCCAAGCGAUUUUUUAAUUUAGAUGACCUAAAGAAUGCAGACGCUCUUCCUAAUUGCGCAGAGAGUCUUGAGAAGUGGAGGCAACAUGGUAUAGACACCAGCAACAUCCACCCCCACCUCCACCAGCCCCCAUCGGCACUACCAUUACCACCAUUGUUCCAAAUGUAAAUCUUAGGCUGUCAAUUUUAUGUUAUUUAAUUUCCAUGUUUUUGAAGUUAUUAAUAGCUUAAUCCUUUUCUAUGUUUUUUAA